AUGACUAACGCAUUAGUACUUGGUGCUACUGGUUUGUGUGGCAGUGGCUUUUUGAAAUACGCAAUUGCCGCCCCUCAGUUGAAAAAAGUUUUCACUAUAACGAGGUCACCAAUUCAAGAGUCUGAUUCAAAAUUAAAUUCGAUAGUUGAUAAAGAUAGUUCCAACUGGAGUAACAUCAUUUCUGGACUCGAUGAGAAUAUUGAUGUCCUUUUUACAGCUUUAGCUACUACUAGAGCUGUUGGGGGUACGGGAUAUCAAUAUAAAAUAGACCACGAUUUGAACGUCGAAUUGGCCAAAGCUGCUAGGGAAAAAGGUUGCUCAACCAUUGUUAUCGUUACUGCUCACGGUGCUCAUGCCGAUUCUAGAUUCUUUUACACGAAAAUGAAAGGUGAAAUUGAAAGAGACAUCAGUGACCUUGGUUUUAAUAGAACAAUCAUCUUGAGACCUGGUAUAUUACUAGGAGAAAGACAUGAACGUCUUAAAGGUUUUGGCAAUGGCCUAGCUGUUAAACUUGGAUCUCUACUUUAUCGUACAAGGCUCCAAAGUCUUGGUUAUCCAAUUAAUGGUGCGGAAGUGGGAAAAGUAGGAGUUCAUUUGGCUUUGCAAGAAAAUACAGCAGCUAAAAAGGUUGAGAUUGUCAAGGCAGAUGAACUACUUCAACUUGCAGCAUCAAUAUAA